ACGCAUUUAAUGAAUGCCAGCACCCAUUGCACUAAUGGUAUUUGUCACCAUAAUUGACAAAAGUACAAAUGUACCAUUAAUUAUUUUUUCUACCCAAUAAAUUACAUUAAAAACUUGCUCUUGCAGCAACUAUAAAUAGAUUCCAAACAAGUCAAAUCAUUAUCAUAAAAAAUUCUCUCUUGCUGUAUCUAUAUUCUGUUUGGGAUGGUAAUUUCAAUUAAGAGGUGCGAGCGCGAAGCAAUGGUAAACAAAAAAGUGCGUCUUUGAGUGCAGUAUCUUCCAAAUCUCGGAGUUGUGUGAGUGUGUUUUAAUUCAUUGCCGAUCAUGCCGCUCAGGCAGGACUCUUGGUGGAAGCGCAAAACAAAGCUGGAAAGAAAAUUAAUCGUUGUGGCUUUCGGCUCUUUGCUGUUAGCCUCGUUCUUAUCAGUUUCGUUGAUUUGCCACACAAUUCACUCGACAUUCCUUGGAUCCGAUGAUAUUUGCCUAACGCGAGAGUGUGUCCAAACCGCUGGAGAAGUUUUCCGAAACAUGGACGAAAGCGUCAAUCCCUGUGACGAUUUCUACCGAUUUGCGUGCGGCAAUUACAUCAAACACUCGCUGAUAUCAAACGAUAAGACCUUUGCCAACACUUUUACCGUAAUCAAUGACUUGCUACAAGAGCAAAUCAAAAUUGCGCUAGAGGAGAAGAGUUGCAGACGCGAGCCGAAACCCUUCCAAACGGUCAAAAAGUACUACAGGGCGUGCAAAAAUAAAAGUCUGGCUGAAAAAUAUGGCUUGGACAUUGCCAAGAAACUUCUUUCUGAUAUCGGGGGUUGGCCCGUCCUUAGUGACGAUUGGGAGGAUUUUUCCUUUGAUUGGAUAUCAAAUCUAAAGGCUUUACGGGACACAGGACUCUCGGUUAAUUGUUUUCUGGAUGUUUCAGUCGGGCUUGACUUCAAGCGGUCAACUCGGAGACUCAUCCAGAUUGAUCAGCCAGGUCUAGGUCUGAGUAGGGAGUAUUUAGUUAAGGGCAUCAACGAUAAGAUAGUUAAGGCUUACUACGAGUACAUGGUAGACAUAGCGCAAAUGUUUGGCGCUGAGAGAAAAAAAGCGCGCCAGGAACUUCUAGAAACGCUAAAAUUCGAGAUUAGACUAGCAAAUUUUUCACUUUCCCAAGAAGAUAGACGCAAUAUUAGUAGUUUGUAUAAUUUACUGACGAUUCAAGAGUUGGAAAAUAAGUAUAAAAACAUCCCGUGGUUGGACCUUAUCAAUAUUAUUAUGCCUACAAGCGUUCAAGUUAACAGAAGUCAGCCGGUACUAGUUGGAGUUCCGUAUUUUUUAGGAGCGUUCGAGAAACUCAUUUGUGAGACGCCGAAACGGGUUCAAGCUAAUUACAUUAUGUGGCGCGUUGUUAAAGACUUGAUUUCGUACUUGAACCAAGAAGUUCGAGACCGGGAAUUGAUUUUUAAACACGCUAUUAAUGGCAUACAGGAGAGCCCACCUCGCUGGAAAGAGUGUAUUGACGAAACGACAAGUUUAUUACCAAUCGUGAUAGGAGCCAUGUAUGUAAGGAAGUAUUUUCAUGUUGAUGCCAAAACCAAUGCUCUGGAAAUGGUGAAAUAUAUCAAAGAACAGUUUAAAGACUUGUUGCGUUCGAUCGAAUGGAUGGACGCAGAAACACGGAAAAGUGCCCUAGACAAAGCCAAUACAAUAGUGGACCACAUUGCUUAUCCAGACGAGUUGCUUGAUGAUGGCAAAAUAAGCCAAUUAUAUGACGGGUUAGAAGUUGACGAGACCCAAUUUUUGUAUUCUGCCUUAAACAUCAGCAAAUUUGCAAUGGAUUACACGAUGAGUCGACUGAUUGAACCCGUCAAUAAAACAGACUGGAGGGAACACGGUUUUCCGGCCCAAGUCAAUGCUUUCUACCACCCUCUGGAAAACAGCAUUACUUUUCCAGCCGGUAUCCUCCAAGGGGUGUUUUUCCACAAAGACCGCCCCCGAUAUAUGAACUUUGGGGCCGUUGGUUCGGUCAUAGGCCACGAAAUAACGCACGGUUUUGACGACACUGGCCGCCAGUUUGACAAGAACGGUAAUCUCGUGAACUGGUGGAAGGAGGAAACCAAGACAAAAUUCCUCGAGAAGGCACAAUGUAUCAUCAAACAGUACAACAACUACACGGUCCCCGAAGUGAAAAUGAAGUUGAAUGGCGUGCGAACUCAGGGCGAGAAUAUCGCUGAUAACGGUGGGGUCAAGCAGGCGUAUUUGGCUUACAAGAAGUGGCAGAGGAGCAAUCCCCCUGAGCCGAAACUGCCUGGCUUGAAGUAUGAGCCGAGACAGUUGUUCUGGGUGUCUGCUGCCCAAAUUUGGUGCUCGAAACACCGGCCUGAAGCCAUAGCCUUGCAAGUCACCGUAGAUGCACAUUCACCUGCUGAGUUUCGGGUUUUGGGGCCGUUCAGCAAUUCGGAAUUCUUCGCCAAAGAUUUUCACUGCCCGAAAGGGAGCAAGAUGAACCCUGAGCACAAGUGCUCAGUGUGGUGAAUUAUUUGACUCUGUCGCCAAUAAAGUUUUAGUCUUA